CGUGUCGUUCGUUCCCAACCAUAUCUCACCGACAUUUUACCUAUGCAUGUUUUUCACCCGACAUCAUCUUCCUUAACAUUUCCGUAUUUGGAAUCAUGGUGGCAUUCUGUGAAAUUAAUUUCAAAUGGAUCCCCCUUUCGGUAAUUUCAAAUCGAACAAUAAUUCGUACUUUCUCCCCGGAUUAUCGAACAUUUUAUAUAUUACUGCUUUUCCGACCACCGAUUUUCGCUUUCCUGUUUCCAUCGGUCACUGUCAGUUCCAUCAAGAUUCCUCCGGAUCACUGUUAUCGAAAUUCAAAUUGAACUCUUCCUUCGUUCAAUUCGAUUAGUGUUCUAUAUGUGAAUACUAAUUUCAUAUCUCGUUGUUAAUCGAAUGAAAGUCUAGGGUUAGGGUUUUCAAAAUCAGCGAAUUUAGUCUUGCGAGUGAGCUUGUUUUUAUCUGUUCAUAGAGGGGUUUACUGAUUUGGGUAUUGAAUUUCUUGUUUUCUUUACAUUCCGAGUCUUUCGUGGUUGAUCGAUUUGAAUUUUUCUGAUCGGUUAGGUCAGAACCAAAUUGGGGAGUUCUCUUGCUGCAUCCUUUCGGAUUUCAGAGUCUGAAUGGCCUGCAAAAGGCCAUUUCACGAUGUAGAGUCAUAUGAGAUUGCUCCCAAGCAUCCAAAACAGCAGGAAUCUCCUUUCCUGGAGACUUUUCUCUGCGAGAAUGGUUCUCAUAAAUUUAUUUCAGGUGAAACUGUCGACGACUUUGGCCAAUGUCAAGUUGGAAGACUGGCGGCAAAAGAGGCAGCUGGUGAAUCUUCAAACGGGACUGCUGUAGCAUUUGGUGCUUCCAGUGCCGAGACUGCAAAAAACGCAUUUCAUGACUACUCAAGUGCAGUUAAUUCAGAAACCGACUUUGGUACCUUAAGCAAUGAUUCUAGUUGUGUGUGGGUUAAGAGCGAUGCUUUUGAAGGAUAUGAAGAGGCCAACGAAUCAGUUCAUAAACCAGUUUUUCCACAUUUUUUCGAACUUGACCUACAAGAGUUUUGUUCAACUCUUACUGAACAUCCUAUUCGGAAAAUGGUUCCAGUUGGCCCCGAAUAUCAAGCUGAUAUCCCUGACUGGAACCCACAGAGUCUCAGCAACUACUCCUCGGAACAGUUAGCCCCAAUUCCUGAUGUAGAGUCCUCUGUCUCCACACGUUUUAUAGGUAAGGAAAAUGAAGGCGGCUGUUACUGCCUCGAUAAAGGUUCUAUUAGAUGUGUAAGGCAACAUGUUAAAGAAUCAAGGGAUAAACUGAUUGAAAAUAUUGGAUUGAAAAAUUUCGAGGAACUGGGAUUUUGUGACAUGGGAGAGGUGGUUGCAGAGAGGUGGAGCGAUGAGGAGGAAAAAAAUUUUCACGACAUAGUCUUCUCUAACAAAGCUUCCUUUGGAAAGAACUACUGGCAUUCACUAGCAGUUUCAUUCCCGUCUAGAUCCAAGAUGGAACUGGUCAGCUACUACUUCAAUGUUUUUAAACUGCGGCAACGUGCAGAGCAGAAUAGACUUGUCCCGACAAAUAUUGACAGUGAUAAUGAUGAAUGGCCAGGUUUUGAAGCUCAACAUAUAGACGAAGAUAAUGGUUUUGCAGUUGAAUCUUUGGAUGGUCAAGAUACUUUUGUUCUUGAUCAGGCAACUCAUGAGAAGGAUAUUCCUGGUGAUACUGAAAAUGGCAUUUCAGAGGAUGCUUACCAAGACCAUCUCGACGGUAUUAACAGGGAAAAAUUGAAACCCGAGGAAGGGGAAGGGGAAGGGAACUUUAAUGAUGUUUCAGGGAUGCAAGUUGGAGAACCUAGGAAUAAUGUAAACUGUAUAUGAAUGUCAAGUCGGAUCCCACAGUGUUCGAGUUGAUGCAGAAAAUGAUGCUGGUAAACUUAGCCCGGUGUGAUUUUCGUACAAGUAUGCAAUCCAGGUAUAACUUACUGUUGAGCCGAGCCAUGGCUCAAGGCACUGGGCAUGGACUCUGGAAUAAGCUGUUUAGCUUCUGAGCUUUACAAUGAAGUUCAUGGCUAAUGGAAUCAGUAGAAUGGCAAUCUCAUUGGAUUCUGAACUUGUGUCUUGAAAGAUGGCCACAAUCGGCAUGAAAAACUGAAGUGGUAGAUGCUAGAAAAGGGAACUUUCUCUUGCAGUUGCACAAUUUUGCUGCCCAGAUAGCUGAACACCUGAUGUGUAUGUCUUGUGAGAUGAAACUAUAUGAGCACAACUUCUCCAGUCUUGCAAGCCUGUGUAAUUAGCCUUUAACUCUGAAAUUUUGUAUUUAAUGUUGAGCAUAAUUACACAU